CAGGAGGCUAACCUGUUCCCAGAUCAGCUAACGCUCGCUAACCUGUCACAGCAAGGCUCCAACUCGAAAACAGGCAGAGAAACAGGAAAUAUUGCAUUGCCUUCUUCGUUGUUCCUGCUCGGCCCAUUUUGUUUCAGUAUUCUUAAUCAGCAAAAAGGUAUUCCUGAUCAGAUUUCUGAACUGAAAAGUGUUCAGGGUGGCUGGACAAUGCAGGUUAUUCUCCUCCUUCAGGAUCUACUGGUCCAGAGUUUAAAUGUACCGACCUACCACCGCUUUGCUUUCAGUGUAGCUUCACUUUACAUCGAAAUACUCUUGCAAAUGUCUCGGACGCUUAUUUAACUUCACUAUUAGACAUAGUCGAUGGCGCCUAUUUCAGAGAGUGACUCUGACAAUGAGGACUGGAUGUCAACUAUACCUGAAGAACUGUGGGACAUUCCUUUAAGCUGCUUAGCCGUUCCAGGCAGUCACGAUGCAAUGAGCUACUGUUUGGACAUUACAUCUUCACUGGUCCGGUCAGAGUCUGACACUUUUAGGCUGCUGGAUAGAGUUUUCUACUGCUUUACUCGCCCACUCAUUUACAAAUGGGCCACUACACAGCCAAAUUCAGAAAACACAAUGAAGUCAAACCAAGACGAGCAAUCGCCACCCAGUCCCACAGGCUGUGGUUGCUGGUGCAGCUGCCUCCGUAGGAGGAAAAUCAUCCCCCAUAAGAAUGAAGAGGAGAAGAAGAGGCAGAGGAAGCUGGAAGAGGGGAGGAGGCAGCAAAACAGAGAGAGUGAGACAUCAACUAGAAAGAAGAGUGGACAGGACUGCAUGAGAGAGGCCUGUACAGAGGAGAUGAUAGGAGUGGGAGAGAUUCAGAAGAAGAAGAUCAGAGAUCUGAAGAAGAGACUUCAGCAGCAGAAGUUAGAGAUUCAAAGCUGCAUAGAAAAAGAGGAAGCUCUAAAGAGAGAGCUGAAACAAAUGAAAGAUAUAUUAUCGAAGAGAAGGAUGGAGAACCGAAAAGCCAGAGAGAGAGAAGAAGAACUGAGGAGAGGACUGGAGAUGAUGAAGGAGAGAAUUUCACAGAGAGAAAGAAAAAGAGAGGAAGAAAGGAAAUAUCGUGAUGGUUAUUUUGAUUUUUUACACGUUUUUAACCUCCUCACAGUCCUAAACUGUAGGGAACAGAUGGACAUGAAGAUGCAGAGAGGGGAAAAGCUGCACCACAAAGUAGAAAAAAGGGCCUUUAGUGAUGGAAACCAACAGAAGACACGUGACCAGAAGCAGGACGAGUCACGAGAGCAAGAAAAGCUAAACGGAGGAGUCCUGAGCCCAGAGCAGCCUGAAGCAUCUUCAUCCCUCACUGAGCCCUCCUGGCCUAUUGGAGAAACCAGGGCCUUUAACAGAAACCAACACAAUAAUAAAGACCAGCAGCAAGACAAGCCCAGAGAGCAACAGAAUCUCCAAGGAUUCAGCUGGUCUGUUUCUCUAAAUGGAGGAGCACUGAGCCCAGAGCAGCCUAAACUCCCAACAUCAUCCCUCGCUGAGCCCACCACACCUUUUAAUGUGAGAGACAGUGAGGAGAAUGAGGAACCUGGCUCGCAGCUUCAGUCUUUCCAGGAGCCAGAAGCAGAGGAACCGGCCUCAGAGACUCAGAUAAACACAGAUGAAAAGUGUGAGAACAGUCCGAGGCCACAACCGUCUGUUUUCAAGUGUUUCAGCAGAUUCUGGUUGCCGAAGAUCAGGAUGCCAAAGCUCAGUUUUAAGAAAUGGAGAAAAAGAGCAGAUUAAGCGACUGUGCCAUCCGUAAACAGGACCAAGAAUAUACCCAUUCCAAAUGCAUCUUCUCACCACCAGGCCUUCUCUCAGAAACCACCCACCUCUCAGACUGAUUCUGCAUUAAUAUCCUUUUCUCCACAGUAGAAGAAGUCCGAAGUUUCCAGAAGAUUCUCAGUCUUUUUGUUAAUGAGGUAAGUCUCCCAGUCAUUGCAGCUAUUUUUUUCUUCAGGUAUUUCCAGUAACAGAAAACUAAGUAGAAAACGUCAAACUCUAAAUAUAUUUAUUCAUACGUUUAACAGUUAUUUUAACAUGGAACUUUGCGUGUUCUGUCCCUCAUCUCUAAACAGUGCUCAGGAAGCUCU